CUCAAAUUUUAGGCAAUAUCAAUUCCAAUUGCUAGAUUGACGUUAAAUUUAAUUCGUUCCGAAAAUUCGAAAUAAUCCAAUUGGUCGCUGUAUUAGUAUUUGAUUACAUUUCAAAAGGGAAUUCGUGAAAAUUGAAGUCAUCGCGAAUGGACAAUUUGUGGAAGAAAGAGUCAGCGACAGCUGAAUACGUUGAUCUUUUUGCUUCUGUGAAGCAUCCUUCGUUCGACAUGCAUGUUGAGUCACUCAAAACACAACCAACUCGGAAAGACUAUCAGCAAUCAACUGAAUGGCGCUUAAAAGGAAACGAGUUUUUUCAACAAGAAAAUUGGGUCGAAGCAAUGAAAUGCUACAAUCAAAGUUUGUGUUUCGCUGAGGUUGGCACUGAAAACGUUGCGUUAGCAUAUUCGAACCGAUCAGCCUGCAAUUUCCACUUGAAGUUGUACAAUGAAGUCUUGAUCGAUAUUGAACUCGCCAAAAAGGCGAAUCUACCGGAUCGCUUCGUAUUGAAUCUGGAACAGCGCAAGAAUGAAAGUAUGAAACUGAUGUCAACGUUUGAGCGAAAGGCUGAAUUCGAACCGAAGCUAAGUUACGAGGCUGAAAAGAAUUUCCCGUGCAUGGCAAACGUCAUGGAGAUAAAAUACAACGAAGAAUUCGGUCGGCACCUGGUUGCGAAGUGUGACAUUCCAGUUGGACAAACGGUUUUGGUGGAAAAUGACAUACCCGCAAUCAGAGAUGAUAUUCUGUCGUGCUAUAAUUGUUUGCAAGUACUGGUGAAUUUUAUCGCGUGUCCAAAUUGCCCCGAUGUUAAAUUUUGCACUUUGGAUUGCUUGAAUCGCAAUGAAACACACAAAUUGGAGUGUGGCUCAUUUUUACCACGGAUGUAUUUUGAAAUGAGACAUCAAAUCAAAACACUUCUCAUGGCCAUCACCAGUUUCCCGGACGUGGACGCUCUGAUGCAGUUCGUUGAAGGUACACUGCUCGAAAAUCCCGAAACACUACCAACGUCGUUGAACGAUCUCAAGUCAAAGUAUCAUUUCUUCUUCAAACUUUCAACAUCAGCACCCUUUUCUCAUGAACUGAUGGAAGCUUACAAGGUUUAUAAAACCGCGAUAAAUUUGCCGAAAGUCAGCAGUCGGUUCGAUAAUGAUCGAAAGAAGCGCUUCCUCAUGCAUGUGUCUAUGCAUCAUGUUCUAGUUUAUAACACUAACAAAUUUGGGUCUGAUUAUUCAAGCUUCGUGGCCAAUGUUUCUUCUCUCUUGAACCAUUCAUGCGCUCCAAAUAUCGUCAGUUACAUCUUCUCAAGAAACAUAAUCAGUGUGAGCGGACGACCAAUCAGAAAGGGUGAACAACUUUUCUUCAAUUACUUGGGCUUCAAUGAUACUUCGUCAAAUGCAAAUGAGCGAAAAGCAAAAUUGAAAGCCAGUUGGGGCACACGUGUGCAAGGUCAAAAAUUCUAG